CCAGUACGCCUGUGCACCGCACAAUUAGAGGUGCUGUGGCCACAUUGGGGCCACACUUCAGCUGUAGCUAUCCCAUUCAAAGCAUAACGCGCAGCAGAGAGGGCAUGGAGGAGGUGAAGGGGAAGCGAUCGUCGAGGUGGACCAGCCUCGAGGUCACGCUGAUAGUCUUCUGUGCCCUGGGCACGGUGGUGUGCGCCGGUCUCAUCGCAGUGGCCUGGCUGGCCAUCGAUGACAACUCCCAGCUGUCCGCCAAGGACGAAACAAAUGAAAUUUCCGGAAAGAUGAAGAUCGUGGGAGGAGCCUCGUACAGCCCACGGUUGCAUGACCCGACCUCGACAGAAUUCAAAAUCCUGGCUUUUGAUGUUGAACAUACGAUUAACAAAGUUUAUUCAGAAAGCUCCAUGAAGGACGACUACGCCGGCUGUCGCGUGGUGGCGUUUGAGCAGGGCAGCGUGUGGGUACUGCUGGGGCUCAAGUUCACGCUGGCCACGUCCGAGGGGCUCGUGGGGACCGCUCAAGGGACCCUGCUGGCAGCCAUCAGCCCCAGCACGCCGGUGUCCAACGUGGGCUUCCUGCCGCCCUUCGAAGUGGACAUCGCCAGCGUGCAAGUGUACGGUGACAAGCCGAGCACACCAACCUCCAAACCCACUCCAGCUCCAAACAAUACCAGCGCACCGACCUCCAAACCCACUCCAGCUCCAAACAAGACCAGCGCACCAACCUCCAAACCCACUCCAGCUCCAAACAAGACCAGCGCACCAACCUUCAAACCCACUCCAGCUCCAAACAAGACCAGCGCACCAACCUCCAAACCCACUCCAGCUCCAAACAACACCAGCACACCGACCUUCAAACCCACUCCAGCUCCAAACAACACCAGCACACCGACCUUCAAACCCACUCCAGCUCCAAACAAUACCAGCGCACCGACCUUCAUACCCACUCCAGCUCCAAACAAUACCAGCACACCGACCUUCAAACCCACUCCAGCUCCAAAUACCAGCGCACCGACCUUCAUACCCACUCCAGCUCCAAACAAUACCAGCACAUCGACCUUCAAACCCACUCCAGCUCCAAACAACACCAGCACACCGACCUUCAAACCCACUCCAGCUCCAAACAAGACCAGCACACCGACCUUCAAACCCACUCCAGCUUCAAACAAUGCCAGCACAGCGACCUUAAAGUCUACUUUGGUCCCCGUCACGUCAAAAGAGUCCUGCGGCUCUGUCGAACUCUGGGAACCCAACACGACGUUCUCGUCUCCCAACUACCCCAACAACUACAGCGUCAACACCCUGUGCUUCUGGUUCCUGCGGGCACAGGAGGGCGACAAUGUGCAGCUGCACUUCCAGGACUUCGACACGGAGACUGACAAUGACAUGGUGAUGGUCUAUGACGGCAACAGCACCAGCGCGAUGCUCAUCGGGAUGUUUUCAGGCAGUGGACCUGGACGCGAUCUGUUCUCGACGGGCAGCGUGAUGACGGUGCGCUUCAGAAGUGACUUCGUCACUAACUGCAAGGGCUUCCUUGCAAACUUCACCACCGGCUUCCGACUCGGCAUGCCCCCGCUCUGCGGGAGUGACGAGUUCCAGUGCGACAACUACCAGUGCGUGCCGAGCUCGGCGGUGUGCGACGGACGGCCCGACUGCACGGACACGUCCGACGAGAAGCGCUGUGCGCGGCUGGUGAACGGGACGGUGGUGGCGAGCGGCGUGGUGCAGCUCUUCGUACACGGGCGGUGGCGCGGCCUGUGCGCCAACGACAGCUGGGAGGAGCUGGCCAGAAACAUCUGUCUCUCCACGGGAUACCCGGGAUUGAACGGCAGUGCGUUGGUGGCCGCCGCGGGCUAUGGCCCCUACGUCUCCCUCUUCGUCAACAGCAGCAGCAGCAGCGUGGGUGCAGUGAUCAGUGAGAGCUGUGACGCCGGCCGUGUGCUGUACGUGAACUGCAUCCCUAAAGCGUGCGGGAGGAGGCGGCGGCUCGUGCCGGAGAGCCGCGUGGUGCAGGGGAGCGACGCGGCGCCUGGCGCGUGGCCGUGGAUGGUGGACCUGCGCUCCAAGGGGCAGCAUCUGUGCGGGGCAUCGCUGCUGUCCAGAGAUUGGCUCCUCACCGCCGCACACUGCGUCAGGGGGCACGAGGCGGUGGACUUGACGGCUGCAUUCGGCCUGCGCUCCCAGCUCAACUUCUCGUCCAGUGGGGUGGAGCAGCGGCUCGUGGCCCAGGUUCACGGGCACCGCGACUACAACCACUACAGCAAAGACAACGACAUUGCCCUCCUACGCCUCGCCUCGCCGGUCAACUAGACUGAUGAAAUCCAGCCGGUGUGCUUGCCCGAAGGAAGAGAGCAGUUUUUUCCAGGGACGCUCUGUUACGUCGCUGGGUGGGGACUCAUCAAUAACGCAGGAGAGCUAGCGGAUGUGCUGCAGGAGGCAGAGGUGCCGCUCGUGCCCCACACCAAGUGCCAGGAUGACUGGCGCGACCGCUUCGACAUCUCGGACAACAUGGUGUGCGCCGGCUUUGCCGAGGGCGGCUCCGACACGUGUGGGGGAGACUCAGGCGGCCCGCUCAUGUGCGAGGAGCAGGGCCACUGGCACCUCGUCGGCAUCAGCUCGUUCGGUGACUACCAGUGUGGCCUGCCCAACCGUUCUGGCGUGUACACCGACGUCCUGCGGUACCAGCACUGGAUCAGCAGCAUCGUG